AUGUUCAGUGUCAGCAAUGAUGGUUAUUUAACUUUCGGACUAUUUGAAAAAUUUUUAAAUAUAUUUAUUGUUGGAGACUCAGAUGAUACAAAUAAAAUGCAAAUUACUUUGAAACAUGGAUGGUCAUGCAAUCUAAUUGUUUUUUCAGCUGCUACCUAUUAUAGAAAUAAUAAACCAGUAACAUAUAUCUGUGGUGGUGUUGAUAAUACUAAUGACAAUAGAAGUGGUAUUUCUGAUGUUGAUGGGUAUUAUAAUGUAAAUGAAGUAUUUUGGAAUAGAAAACGAGUAUAUUGUAAUG